GGUUGUUGUUUUUCUGCACCGUCAUCCGGAAAUUCACGACUUGAUCUGCACUGAGCAAACCCAGGACUGAACCUCUCCCAGGACGGAGCCAUCCAGUUCCUGCUCACAGCUGCUCAGCCCGGAGCCACAUGGUUUCCUUCUGGGUCUUAUGAAGAAACUGAGACUGAGAGAAGUUAAGUCACUUGUCCAGGGUCUCACAGCUAAGGGAAUGUCAAGCAUCCUGUGGACCACAACACUGAAGAAAAUAUAGAAGUUGCUAAGGUGUUCUGUUCAGAUCUGCAUACUAUAUCUCAUCGAGGAUACUUUUCCUAAGGAAAAUUCUAAAUGGAUUCGGUCCUUGGUCCCUGAGGCAUAUUCCUUUGGACAGAAGAAAUGACUAAACAUAGAUCACUAUAUAGAACUCUGAAUUUUCUUCGCUUUAAGAGGAAGAGCUGGUUCUUUUUGAAAUUUGGAUUUCUUGUCUUUGCUCUGAUUGUGUUUUGUGAAUAUAUAAUUUAUUAUUUAGUGAUCUUUCAGUGUCGCUGGCCAGAAGUGAAAACUAUAGCUUCUGGAAGCAAACAACAGACUCCUGCACCUGUGCUGAAAGUUAUGUUUUUAGCUGAUACCCACUUACUUGGGGAAAUAAAUGGACAUUGGUUGGACAAAUUACGACGGGAGUGGCAAAUGGAAAGGGCCUUUCAAACAGCCCUAUGGUUACUACAGCCAGAGAUUGCCUUCAUUCUGGGGGAUGUCUUUGAUGAAGGCAAGUGGAGUUCCCCUAAGGCUUGGGCUGCUGAUGUGGAAAGGUUCCGGAGAGUAUUCCGACAUCCACCUCACACACAACUCAUAGUGGUUGCUGGCAACCAUGAUAUUGGCUUUCAUUAUGAGAUGAACACUUAUAAACUACAACGAUUUAAGAAGGUUUUUGAUUUUGGGGAACUUUUUUCUAUAAAAGGGAUUAAUUUUGUGAUGGUGAACAGUGUGGCAAUGGAGGGAGAUGGCUGCACUAUUUGCUCUUCAAUGGAAGCCCAACUCAUUAAACUAUCUCACCUACUGAAUUGCUCCAGACAGGAGAAGUACCAUUCCAACCCAAAUUGUAGUGGUAUUCAACAGCUUUCAGCAUCAGCUCCUAUCCUUCUCCAGCAUUAUCCUCUGUACCGGAGAAGUGAUGCUGACUGCACUGGGGAAGAUUCUGCUCCUCCAGAGAAAAAGAAUCUCUUAUUUGAAGAGAGAUAUGAUGUACUUUCUAAAGAGGCUUCCCAAAAGCUUCUGUGGUGGUUUCAACCUCGCUUGAUUCUGAGUGGUCAUACUCACAGUGCCUGUGAAGUGCUACAUGAUGGAAAAAUCCCUGAAAUCAGUGUUCCAUCUUUCAGUUGGAGAAACAGAAACAACCCUAGUUUCAUUAUGGGCAGCAUAACAUCAGUAGAUUAUUCCCUCUCCAAAUGUUUCCUUCCACUUGAGCAUACAGUGCUGACUAUUUACUGCACAGCAGGUAUUUUGGUGGCUUUGUUAAUAUUAACUCACUGUCAGCCUGUGUAACACCACCGUUUCUUUUCAUCUCAUUUCAUUCGGUUGAUACGUAAUCAGAAAGCAUAAGGCAAUGUGAAGAGCAGGACAUUUCUGCAUUUAGUAACAAAUACCAAAGCGGAAAACAACUGAACUUCAGGCUGUAUUCAUAUCAGAGAAUGACCUAACUGGACGAGUCCAAAUGCAGGUCAUCCAUUUUUAUGCACAUCAUAGAAAUUCUAAACAAUUGAUAUGAAUUACUACAGGAUAAAUAGUUGAUUGAAAUGUUUCAUGCUGUAAAAAAAAAAAAAA